UCUAUGUAGCGAUGUUCUUUAUGGCAAAAACUGUUAUUGACAUGCUCCUCAAGGACCACAGCUUGACCCAUUGCUAUUGAUGUUGUGGUGUCCCACAAGGAUUCCAUCUUGGCCUGCUAUACUUUGUGCUGUACGUGCUGUCUCAAUCCAAUUUGGACUCAAGCAUUUUUGUGUUGUUGCGGCACCACAGGUAAUCGACUCGUUAGGCGUGAUGAUCUACAAGGCCCUGGACUAUGGCCUGAAGGAGAAUGAGGAGCGUGAGCUGAGCCCACCGCUGGAGCGCCUCAUCGACCUGAUGACCAAUGUGCAGGGGGCGGAGAGCGAUGACGCCUGCCCCGAUGAGGGCUACGAGGCUACAGAGGAGGAGGAAGAAGAAGAGGAGCAGCAGCAGCUGUCUGUCUCGACUUCGGGCGGCAGCGUCAGCCAAAUACGAAGCUACCGCGACAUGAUCUCGGUGUGUUCCUCCCACCUCCCGAGCCCUUCAGACGCCCCGGACCACUACCAAGCCGUGUGCCGCGCCCUCUAUGCCGAGUCCAGGGAACUGCACACUUUCCUGGAGAAGAUCAAGAGCGCCAAGGAGAAUCUGCGCAAAAUGGAAGGCGAAACCCUUCAACAACCUGUUCGAGACUUGGAUGAGCUACAAAAUGCAGAUUGGGUAAGGAGGAAACGCACCG